CCCUCCAAAUCCCGCUGCAGCCAUUGCCGCAACCACGAUGCCCAAACGAAAGAAGCAGAAUCAGCAGCAGCCGCCGCCUCCGCAACAGCCCCAGCUGCCAGAGCGGGGGGAGACUGGAGACGAGGAGGAUGGGAGUCCCAUCGGACCACCUAGCCUUCUGGGCCCUCCCCCCAUGGCCAAUGGAAAGCCUGGUGAUCCCAAGUCAGCCCCAAACUGGAAUCCACCCACAUGUCCACCAUCAGUAGAAUGGAUAAAUAAGUUGUUGUGUGUGCAUGCAAUGGGAUACUACACUGCAAUGAAAAUGAACGAACUCCUGCUACAGGCAACCUGGAUGAAUCUCACAAACACGGUGUUGAGCGAAAGGAGCCAGACAGAAAAGAAUGCAGACUCUCUUCACAGAGGUCCUCCAGGAUCAAGGGGACCAAUGAUUCCACCACUGCUGAGCCUCCCACCUCCUCCCAGGGGCAGAGGCCCAAUCCGGGGAGGCCUGGGUCCCAGGUGCGGCCCAUAUGGUCGUGGCUGGUGGGGGGCCAAUACUGAACCUCCUUUUCCUGGACCAGGCCAUGGGGGUCCUUCCAGAGGAGGCUUUCACAAAGAGCAGAGAAAUCCCCGAAGGCUCAAAAGUUGGUCUCUUAUCAAAAAUACCUGCCCACCCAAGGAUGGCCCCCAAGUUAUGGAAGACAAAUCCAACCGCCCCGUCUGCCGACACUUUGCCAAAAAGGGCCACUGUCGAUAUGAGGACCUCUGUGCCUUCUAUCACCCAGGCGUCAAUGGACCUCCUCUGUGAGACUGUGCCUUCCCAUCCAGGCUGGAAGGAGCCCUCUGACCUAGCGGCCAUAUAUUUCCCUGUGGCCCUGUGACGGCUACUGUGAGGCUGUUCCACCCACCACCCUCAGACACCCACCCCCAUCUCUCACCUCCCCCAUUUGGGGUCCAGAGUUUUGUUUCAUCACUGGUGCCCAGCGUGUGGGCUUUCUUCCGAUUCAGCCUCCAGAGACUCGCCUUCAGGACCCCACCAUUGCUCUCUUCAACUGCCUCCUGGAUCCUCUUCCCCUUCGCCGAUUGACUGCUCAACAGGAAACCUCUUUGGUGCUGUUUCUUGUGCAUCUAUCUGUCCACCCAGCCCUCGGCACUGCCCUCGAUUCCUAAGAGCCCUGGAGCAGUUUCCUGCCAUUCCCUUCUUCUAGCUGCUUGUUUUAAGUCCUUUUUAUGUGACAAACCCUACCCCCAAAGUUGCCAGUUGCUCUGUGAAACUCACCAGGUUGACCUGGGGUCAAGUACGGAUGACUGGUGCAGAGUUAUUCCCUGAAAGGCCACUCUCCCUGCUUUUGGAUUUUGUAGAUCCUGCGUCAGUAGCAUGGUCCCCACCACUCGUCUGUGAUCACUGUGCUUUGUGAAAC